CAACAACAACAACAACAACAUCGUGGGCAGAAGACGCUGGAUGCCACCCACAACAGUCAACUAACACCCGGCCAAGAGCUGUAUCUCGAGGCAGGAGGUGUAUUUUGGGUCCAGGAUCUGUAUCUCCAGGCCAGGAGCUGUGUCUCGGGGCCAGGAGCUGUGCCUCGGGCCAGGAGCUGUCUCGGGGCCAGGAGUUGUGACUCGACACUUGUAACCACAUAUAGUUGAGUAUACAGAUCAAAAUGAGGCGAAUGAAAAUUCGUGCAACCCCAAAUUUUGGGGUCGGAGGAGGAGGUCCGAGGACCACCUCGGCUCGCAGUGUUCCUGCCUCUGCUGCUCUACCUGCUGCUGCUGCUGCUGCUGCUGCUGCUACUACUGCUGCUACUGCUACUUCCACUACUGUGUCUACUGCUGGGCCUUCCCCUGCUGUUGCAUCUAAUAUUAUGACAUCGUCUGAUGCAAAUUUAUCUGCAACUUCCUCUUCUGCUGUAUCUACUGCUGCAACCUCAUUUACUACUGUAACUUCAUGCACUGCUGCACCUACCACUGCUGCCUCAUCUUCCUCCGCACCCUUCUCCUCCAUGCCUUCCUCCGUGGCUCUUCUAAACAAGCAAACCCAGGAGGAUACAACAAGCUCUAUAAUUGAAGACAAGGUCUCUGUGUCUUAUGCUGCUGUGUCUGAUAAACUACAUUCAGAAAAUAUAAUUUCUCAUGAUGCUGUGAAAAUUGUUGAAGAAAGCCAUACCUCGGAGAACAUGGAGUCACAUCAACACACGGGGAAUACUCUUGAAUGUUCAGGCUCAGUGUCUUUAUCAGGGUCUUCACAGAGACACAGAGACCUGCAGACUUAUACCUCACAGUGUGAUGCAGCUCCAUCCGUAAGAGCAAAUUUAUCAGACGACACAUACUCGAGUAAAGACGUCAACUCCUCAGAUCAGCCAUCCACGGCAAGUAACGUAUUGUCUCAAAAUAAAGCAUCUUCAAUGAGGCAAAUAUCAAAUAUGCCACCUUUGUCAAAAUUAUCCAUGCCAAAAUCAAGUUUGUCUGGGAUGUUUGGUGCUUGUGACUCCUUAUCUGCUGUGUCCCCUGAGGCAGAGUGUCAGUCCAGUGAUGUAAUUCCAAUAAUGAUGUCCUCUGUGAGGGCAAGUGACAUCUCUGUUUCUGAUCCAUAUUUAGAAAGUGGGUUCUUGGGGCCAUUGCAACAGAUUUCGGAGAGUAAGCCUAUGACAAGUAUUCGAAGGAAGAAAAUAAAGGUAAUGCCUAUGGUUAGCAGCUCUCGGAAAGGAAAUUUAACAGAAAAGCGAAACAUUAGGCCUGUUAAUACUGACACAAGUAAAGUUAAGUUUGAUGCUGAAGUUGACUAUUUGAGUGACAAGUUGAGUGACAAUAAGGAGCCAGUCAUGCAGGAUCAACCAGACUCUCAUGUAGAAGUGAACAUAGUCUCUCCAACAGACAAACACACAAUAACAAGUGAACAAGUAUAUAAACAUGAAACUAAGCCUGCAGCAGUUUCCUUAGCAAUGACACAUGUUGCUUUAAAAGACAGCAAUACAAGUUUCCCAGUACAUACAUGCAACACUCCUCCAGUGGAAGAAAGUCAAAAUACUGAUGUUCUGACAGAUAGUGAAAAACUGAUUGAAAUAGAUGGUGAAACAACAUCUGAUGUUUUAGAAAAUAAAUUAUCUAGAGUUAAUGAAAGUAAUCAGUGCUCAGCAAUUAGUAACGUAGAAAUUAUCUCUGUAGCCACAGCUUCCACGUGUAAAAGACGAUCAAAAAUUCGUGCCACACCGACCUUUUUGCCUAAAAAUAAAACUACAAGUGUAAGCACCAAUAGUAAUGUUAGGAAAGAGAGCGAGACUCUGAUUGUCAUAGACGAUGGUGAAGCAAGUGUUGAUGUUAUGGGAGAUAAAGUAUCUGGAGGUAAUGAAGACACUCAGAGCUCUGGGGUUAGUAAAGUUGAUACGAGUGGGUCAGCGUCAAGUACAGCCACUAAAAGGAGGUCCAAAAUUCGAGCUACUCCAACCUUUCUAACCAAAAAUAAAAUUCCCAGCUUAAAUGUAAAUAGAAAUAUAGCAACAGGCAUAAAUACUGAUAGAAAUAUUCCAGCAGAUGUAAUUGUAGAUAGCAGUAUUACAGUUGGCAUAAAUGUGAAUAGCAGUAUUCCAACAGAUGUAAAUGUAGAUAUUCCAACAAGCACAGAUACAGACAGAAGCAUUCCAGCAGUCGUAAAUGUAGAGAGAAAUAUUCCGACAGUCAUAAAUGUAGAGAGAAAUACUCCAACAGUCAUGAAUAUAGAGAGAGAUAUUCCAACACUCGCAAAUGUAGAGAGAGAUAUUCCAACAGAGAAUGAGAACUUGAUUGUACUAGAUGAGGGUGAAACGUGUGUCUUGGAAGAUAAUGACAACACACAAAGCUCUGUGGUUGCUGAUAAACAGCUGAGCUCAGUAGUAACAGGUACAACUUGUACUAGAAGGCACAAAAUUCGUACAGUGCCUGUAUUUUUGCCCAAGAGUAGAGUUCCUAGUGUAUGUUUAGACCAAAAUAUCAAAAAACAGAGUGAGAAAUUGAUUGUUUUAGAUGAUGAUGAAGCAACUGUUACUACUCUAGAAGAUGAUGUGUCAGGGUUGAAUGAAAACUCACAGAGUUCUGUAGUUAGUAUUUCGGAGAGUAAUGGUUCAGCGACAAAUAUCAGCUGUAAAAGAAGGUCCAAAAUUCGUGCUACACCCAUGUUUGCAGCCAAAAGGAAAAUGGUAAAGAAAUUAGAUACAAUUGAGGAGGACAAAAUACAGGAAGAUAAUUGGCACAUAGAGGUCAUGGUGGAAAAAGUGACUUCUCAAGAAAGUAGCCUUAAUGAAAAUGUCAAGAUCAUUGACCAUGACCAUGAUAGUUUUAGAAAAGACUGUGAGGAUGAAUCUGUUGCUGGUUUAAAACCAAUUCCAUAUAUUGAGGAACCUUCUAAACUUGAUCUAAGAGACUCCAAUAAGUUACAACCAAAUACAAAAUUUGAAAUAGAAGAUAAAGAUUGCAGUAUAUUAGAAGGUAGAUCCCAGAAAACCACCAGUGAAAUUUUAUCCAUGAAAAGAGAAAACUCACCAAAUAGAAUAGAAAUAGUUGAGGAUAAUAAUAGUAAUGAUGAUAGUAAUGGAGACAAGGAGAAUUCUUCAGUUUUCUUCAGUAGUUCUCAGACUAUUAAGAAAGAAUCUAUAUUAAAUAAGAGAAAUAAGUCACAGACUUUGCUGAAAACAAAAGCUAAAUCGUCUGUCAAUGUUAGCAAUAAGAAGACGUCAGUGAAGGUUGAAAAAUUAGUGAAAAACAAGAUUGCAAGCGAUCAUGGUUUAUCACCCGAUGAUUCCGAGGAGAAAAAGAUAUUCAGGGAGAGAAAAGAAAAAUAUCGGAAGAAAGUUUCGAAAGGAGACAUUGAGCGCAGCAGCAUGACCAUGUUCGAUCUCAUCUUUUGGAACCCAGCUACAAAUCCUAUGCCAGGUCGGUCCGAAUCCUCCAAGAAGAAGCCUCGUCGGAUAAGCACGUGUGAAACAGAGAGCAUUGCAUCAGACGUGGUGGAGGAACAGAGGAUUGAUGACCUGGGGCUAGACGAGGGUGACACAGGACAACCCUCUCCAAGUACUACUGAGGAGGUUCAGGCGUGUAAAGAAUCUAAUGAUGAUCCAGUAACUGCCAAGGUGGAAGAAGAGCCCAAGAAGGAAGAUGAAGAUGAAGAAGAAGAAGAAGAGAAGAAUAAGAAGAAGAAAGGAAAGGAAAAGGAGAAGGAGAAUGAAGAAGAAGAAAACAUUGAAGAUAUUUUUGCUCCUAGGGUAAAAAUAGGACCAAACGGUCAGAUCAUCCUUGACGAGCAUAGUAUAAAGAUUCAGACGACCGCCGCUAAAAAUCGUUAUGAGAUUCUGAGCAAAGCUGAGGUGGUGGAGGAGAAUAAUGAGUCAGUUCACUACAGCAAGUGGAGCAAGAGACGCAGUCGCUCCAGUGAGUGGACCUUAAAAGAGACGGCAAGAUUCUACAAAGCUUUGUCCACUGUUGGUACUGACUUCUCCUUAAUGGAAUCUUUAUUUACCUGGCGAUCUCGAGCCGAGUUGAAGACAAAAUUCAAGAAGGAAGAGAAGAUCAACAGGGACUUAGUCGACCGAGCCUUGAAGGACAAAACUCAGUUUGACUUCUCGUUGUUUGAUGAUGAAUCAGAUUAUGACCCCGAAGAGGACAGAAAGGCAACACGUAUAGCAGAAAGGGCCGAGGCUAAGAGGCGCCGGCUGGAAAUGAAGCAGUGCGAGAGAGAACGAGAGAAAGAACUGAAGAAGAUGAAGAAAAAGGAGGAAAAAGCUGAAGUACAGAGACGCAAAGCUAUUUUAAGGAAAGAAUGUAAGAAGAGAAGGCGGAAGAGAAGAGGUGUUAAACAAGAUGAAGAUUUCUCCGAGACAGACAACAUAAAUCUGGAAGUUGUGCAGAAAACUUGUGUCGGCACAAGGAGAAAAAUUAAAAGGAAAGCUAAAAUAAGAAGACCAGUGAAGAGACGACAGAUGGAGAGACGAAACUCGCUUGUGAUAAGUGAAGUGACUGUUACCAUGGAGACAGUGAAGUAUGAAACACCAAGAAAUCUCAAUGCCGAGUACAUGGUUGAAAGAACAGUCGAAGAACAUUCUGAAGCUGAGAGAGAUCCCCUGGAAGCAGCCUCUCCUCCUCCAGGAUUGCCCAUGACUGAAGAACUACCUAAGUUUGACAACACCCAAAACAUGUGGCACUUCCCAGUGUCAGCCAUCCAGACCCAGGAGGAUGGGUGUCAGACUAUCCUGGUGCCAACAGCAGAUGGUCAUAAGAUAGUGCCAGUGCCAGUACUGCCCCCGGGGACGUCUAACGUACUUGUUGUAGCCACGGAGGCCCCAGACUUGCCCGGGGAACAAAUAUAUCAUGUUUAUGUUGUUUCUCCUGUUGAAGGAAACCAGUCGUAGUAAAGCCCUCAGGGUAUCAUGACACUCUUUAGAAAGAGAGAAUUUGUUUUUGCAAUAGAGGUGUGCUGAUAUUUCAGUUCAGAGGACCCUCUGAACUGUAACAUCCUCACUUAUCUUCCAGAGUACAGGCACUGUACUUCUCACCUCUAGAACUGUAACAGCCUCACUUAUCUUCCAGAGUACAGGCACUGUACUUUCCACCUCUAGAACUGUAACAGCCUCACUUAUCUUCCAGAGUACAGGCACUGUACUU